CUUACAUAGAGACGCUCGCUCAGCGCUCAGUGGCAUCCAAUCCAUCCCUCCAUCCCUCCAUCCAUUGCUGUCUCGGCGAAUCACGUGCGUGCCUCUCCGCCAGGCCCCAGCAGUGCCAGUCUCUGACCCAGCUUGGUGACUCUUGAGACAAGAGAGAUCUAGGUAGAGCUUGUAUGGGGCGCCCCGUUCCCACCCGCCAAAAGGCUUGCGCAACAACCUGCACUGCACCAUCCAGCUGGAGCCAGAGCUGGAGCUAACCUCCGUACUUGCCUCGCUUGCCUCGCUUGCCUUUGUGACUUGUCAUUGGCAACUGCCAGCGCGGCACCUGCCCGCCCGCCCGUCGGCCGCCGCGCUCACACUGCCGGUACUUACUCUCACUCACGCCUUACAGAGACCGGCUCUCACAGCUCGCCGGUCCGGCCUGGGCAUCUCCAAUUCACCAUUAGUCUCACCAGUCUCUCAUAAGUGCCCGUUCGUAUCAAUUGCCGGUGCUCUGAUUCGCGCAUGCUUCCCCGUUUCUAGUCUAAGCGCGCCGUCAUCUUUCUGCGCUACCGCACCCGGUAUUUUAAGGCCGAGUGCCUUUUUCGAACACCUUCGAGAUGAACAAGAAUUGGAAUGACCGCGCAGACAAGGACCUCUUCUUCACCAUCCUCUCAGUCAAAAACAUCGGAGUCAUAAGUGGUGCGGAGUGGACCACGAUUGGUAACCAUAUGAGAUCUUUGGGCUACGGAUUUACUAAUGAAGGAUGUCGCCAACACUUUCAGGGCCUCCGUAGGGCUCAGAACAAGGCAGACUCGAACAGUUCAGGCCUGGACAGCCAGCGCAAGGCUGAUCCAACUGCGAAUCCUAUCACACGCCGACCUGGCCCCGGACGUGGAAGACCCAGAAAAGCACCGCCUUCAUCUGUUGCUGGUGCCGACACCGACCAGGAACAACCCCCCGAAAUGGUAAAAUCUGCUUCAGAGACAACCCAGGCCAGUGACCCUGUAGCUCCCCAUCCCGCCCCUGUCGAAACUCCCGCUGGUGCAUCGGAACCAAGUUCGAUGGCGGUAGAAGAAUCAGCUCCAAACAGCGAAGAACAGCCUGCUAAACGUCAACGAUUGGACGUUGAGCAAGACGGCCAACAGGUGAAUGACGAUGAGGCAGUCCUUGCCUUGGCCGCCGACGGCGUACCAAGUGGCGGAGAUGCAUAUGGGCCUCCAGACUAUUAUGGUGAAGCCUAACCAUGAUCGUGGGCUAGUCAAUGUCGAAUGAGCAUGUAGCCGCCUUAUGACGAAUUCUUCAAAACCCUGGUGCGCACAUAAGAGGCUUAGACUACCGCUAGCUGUCUACGCUCAUUUCUUGCAGCCCACGUCUACGUAAGAGGAAUACUUUGAAGUAUCUAGCGUCAUUGGACGCAGGGAGUAUAUCGGCCUUUUGCGUCUCUUUAGAUCUUUGCACAAUAGACGCCUGUAAUUGCCGGAGUCAGCGGGGUUACGGUGCUUGUUUUUAUUUUUAUUUUUAUUAUUAUUAUUUUGGAAACGUUUUCAAAGGCAGAGCAUGAUUGUAGGUAUAUCGAUGAGCGCAGCGCUGAUGAAUGAGAGGCGUUGGUAGUAGUUUCAUAUAUCAAAUUAAACAAGGUAUCUAAAUAUGUGUAGCAAGGCCA